AUGGCGUCGUCCAAGCGACAUUCAGUACACGGAGAGGUUGCAGGCGGCGACGCGCACAAUGGGGAGCCAGAGGAUCGCAGACAAGCCUUGCUGGCCGAGCAAAGGGUUACCUUUUUGGCGUGCUUUCAGGGCGGCGUCGCCAGCCUGGGCGGCUUCAUCUUUGGCUACAUCAGCGGGCAGAUAUCCGGCUUUUUCCUCAUGGACGACUACUCCCGGCGGUUUGGCGAGCUGCAGCCCGAUGGAAAGUACGCCUUCAGCGCCGCCAGGCAGGGCACGAUCGUCGGCCUGGUGAGCGUCGGCGCCUUGAUGGGCUCGCUCGCGGCAGGCAAGAUGGCCGACCUGAUGGGCCGCCGGUGGACGAUAUCGGCCGCCGCCUUCUUCACGUGCGUCGGCACCGUCGUGGAGAUAUCCUCCACCUACUCCUGGGCGCAGUUCGCAGUCGGAAGGCUGGUCAGCGGCGUCAGCAUCGGCGCCCUGUCCGUCGUCGUGCCCAUGUACCAGUCCGAGUGCGCGCCAGCCAUCGUCCGCGGCGUCAUCGUCGCCUCGUACCAGCUCCUCAUCACCCUCGGCAUCUGGACGGCCGAGAUGGUCAACUGGGGGACCGAGGCCACGACGGGCAGCGCCUCGUGGCGCGUCCCCAACGGCUUGUCCUUUGCCUGGGCCCUCCUCCUCGGCACCACCAUCUUGUUCAUGCCCGAAAGCCCCCGGUUCGACUGCAGCCGCGGCCGAGUCGACCGCGCUCGCCUGGCCAUCGCCAAGCUCUCGGGCCUCGCCCCCGACUCCGAAGCCGUCCGUCUCCAGCUCGCCGAUAUCCAACGCAACCUCGACGAGGAGAGCAAGAGCGCCGACGAGUUCCGCAUGAGCGAGAUCUUGACGGCGCCGCGCAUGCUCCACCGCACCGUCCUGGGCAUCGUGCUCCAGGCCGGCCAGCAACUCACCGGCGCCAACUUCUUCUUUUACUUUGGCACCACCGUCUUCUCCGCCACGGGCAUCAGCAACAGCUACGUGACCCAGAUCAUCCUCGGCUCCGUCAACGUCUUUUGCACCAUCAUUGCGCUGUGGGUCGCGAAGCGCUUCGGUCGUCGCAACACCCUCAUGAUUGGGGCUGCCUGGAUGAUGAUGUGCUUCCUUGUUUAUGCCUUUGUCGGCCACUUUGCCCUUGACCACGACAACCCCAUGAACACGCCCGGGGCAGGUUCGGCCCUCGUCACAUUCUCGUGUCUGGCCAUCGCGGCUUUUGCCGUCAGCUGGGGGCCUUUGGUCUGGGCCGUCAACGCAGAGCUGUACCCUCUCCGCUAUCGCAGCACUUGCAUGGGCCUGGCCACUGCCUCCAACUGGCUGUGGAACUUCACACGAUUCAUCACCGACGAGAUUGACUACCUGUACGGUCUAGUCUUUGCGGGCUGCUGCGGCGCCCUGGUCCUCGUUGUCUUCUUCUUCGUGAUUGAGUCGAAAGAUCGCAGCCUGGAGGAGAUUGACGCCAUGUACGUCCACAAAGUCAAUCCCAUCACGUCCGGCCACACCGCCGCCGGCCAGUGGAGCGCCGAAAAGUACCGCCAGGAAACCAGGAGACGCGGCGAGGCGCAGGUCGAUACCGAUUGA